AUGAAACUCCUCUCGUCUCUUGCAGCCCUGGCGGCAUGCGCUCACGCAUUGGACCUCGACGUCUCAUCACCAGACUCUAUUCGCAGUUCAGCAUCAACACUCGCACAUGGCCUCAUGAACUACUACCAGAACAACAAGACCGACACACCGAAAGAGUCGAUAGGCACAUUACCUUGGCCUUUGUACUGGUGGGAGGCUGGCGCUGUCUGGGGCGGUCUCAUUGAUUACUGGGCCUACACCAACGAUACAAGCUUCAACGAUGUUGUCAUGCAAGCCAUGAUGGCACAGACGGGCACAGACAACAACUUCCUGCCCGAAGCAUACUACAGCAGCAUGGGUAACGAUGACCAAGCCUUCUGGACCUUUGCCGCUCUCUCAGCCCUCGAAUAUGGCUUUCCCGACCCUCCCGAGGGUUCACCAUCUUGGGAGACACUCGCCGUAAAUGCUUUCGACUCGAUGGCCCCGCGCUGGGAUUCUACAACAUGCAAUGGAGGAUUGAGGUGGCAGGUCUUUGAGUCAAACUCGGGCUACAACUACAAAAAUUCAGUCUCGAACGGCGGUUUCUUCCAGAUGGCUGCUCGUCUAGCACGCUACACUGGCAACAGCACAUACGCUGACUGGGCUGAGCGCAUCUGGGACUGGACCACUGGUGUUGGAUUCAUUGACGACAGCUACCGUGUCUAUGACGGUGCUAGCACCACCGACAAUUGUCAGCAGAUUGAUCAGCUCCAAUGGACCUACACUCCUGGAAUCUUCAUCUAUGGCGCUGCCUCCAUGUACAACUACACUAACGGUUCUUCCACCUGGGAAACGCGUUUGACUGGUCUGAUUGAACAAGCCGACCAGUCAUUCUUCCAAGCCUUUGACAAUGCGACCAACGUCAUGGUCGAAGGAGCGUGCGAACCUUACGGUACCUGCAACAACGAUCAAUACAGCUUUAAGGCUUAUCUCGCUCGAUUCCUUGCAAAGGCAAUGGUCGUUGCACCUUACACCCAGUCCGCCAUCCAGCCUCUUCUUACGGCCUCUGCUCAAGGCGCAGCCAGAUCUUGCUCUGGACCUAGUGAUGGUGUAACUUGCGGUCAGAAGUGGUACACGGACUAUGAUGGAAAAUAUGGCAUUGGACAGGAACUUUCAGCCCUUGAAGUCACUCAAGCUCUCCUUGUUAACGAGGCACCUGAAUUGAUGAACCACAACAAUGUCAAGAUCAAGCCGGCUACUGUCUCGAGCACACUUGAGCCGACCGUUAGCAUCGGACCAGCAAGUGUGUCUGGCAUCACGAGCACAUCUGCCAUGACCACACCUACGCGAUCAGCUACAUCCAAGCUCACGUCCAUGAGCAAGUCCACUUCGAAGUCUACCUCGACGGCUGUAUCGUCGAGCACUGGCGCUGCUGUAAUGAACAGCGCUAUACCUCGUAUUGGUGCUUUGGUUGGUGGUGCUUGGAUCGGAGCAGCGGUCUUGCUUUAG